AUGGAGGCCUUUCCCCCCAAGCAGGGGAAGAGAAGUGAUGGCACUGGGCUGGCCAGCGUGGUGGAUUUCCUUCUGGCCAACGCGAGGGUUGUCUUGGGCGUCAGUGGAGCCGCCGUGUUGGCGCUGGCGACGCUCGCUGUGAAGCGGCUCAUCGACCGAGCCACCAGCCCGCCAGAUGAUGAUGACGACGUGAAGGCCAAGCAGAAGUCCCUCGAGGAGAGCUGGCAGGAACUCAGUUUGAUCCAGACGGUGCCGAAACCUCAGCUUGCAUUAAAACAGGACAAGUCCGAGGAGCCGCUGCUCGUGCCGGUUGCGAGGGGGCCUGCCGAAGAGCCUGUGGAUGUCAUCCCACUCUCAGAGAUGCUUCCAGUGGAACCAAAGACCCACCUGUGCCUCACGCUUCAGGAGAAGCUCCUUGUGUACUACCGCAAUCAUGUCUCCAAGACCGAGGCCAAAAAGAUCCUGGGGAAACACCUGUCGGAGGACAUCUGUGCCGAGCUGCAGAACUUCCUAAAAAACAAGUACUCCGAACUGCCCUUCGGCAAUGCGUUCCUUAGCGGUUACCUCUGCGAUGGACUCGUCGGCGGAGGAAUCCUGGAGGUCGACUUCAUGCUUCCCUUGAUCCUCGAACCCGAUCUUUGGGCCCCGAUCCCGGGGGAGCAGACGGUGGUGAACGACCCCCGCUUCUGGAUGAUCAAGCGGACCGGCCUGGAGUAUUUCCCACGAGGGAACAGCCCCUGGGAUAGAUUCAUCGUGGGUGGGUAUCUCUCCUCCAACGCCAUCAGCAAAAGUCUCUGGAAGGUGUUGGAGACCUCUGUCAACUGGCUGGCCGUCGGGAGCAUGCUGGAAUGCGUGGUCCGGCCCGUCAUGGCUCCCAAGGAGCUCAAACUUGAAGUCAGGCACGAGCAGAUCCACCUGGACAUAGCCCUCUGCCCGAUGAUAAAAGCCGGAGAUAGAACCCUUCUGGCCGCCUCCUUCGAGGAACCGGUUGAGAACCUCUGGCGGCAGAGCUUCUACACCGCGGAGGUCUCCAGCCUGAAAGAGCUGGAUGCCAGAGAUUCCGGCAUCCGGCAAUGUUGUCUUCACCUCUUGAAGGCUGUCUGUGAAAUCCACCCUUCCUGGCACAAGCUGACCAGCAGCCAUUUCAUUCACGUCCUCCUCCACCUGAGCGAAACGAAAUCCGAUUGGUCAGAGGCAGCCCUGGCCGAUCGGUUCCAGCAGGUGCUCGAAGAACUGCUUCGAUACCUGGAGGAGGGUUCUCUCUUGUGCUAUUUUGACCGCCGCAUCAACCUUCUGGGGCACCUGAAUGUGGAGGAAAUCGACGAGGUCGGCUACACGUUGUACGCGGCUUUAGCGGAACCCGAUCUUUGGAAUGGGCUCGGUUUAUAA